ACAGACGUACUCCUGUGCUUCCUGUUUUGUUUUUCUUGUCUGCUCGGCUCGGGCAGAUAUGGAAGAAUUUGUGCGGCGAGGAGAGAACCACAGCCUGCCCGUGAAUAAACACGCCGUCUUCAGACACCGGUGGGGCUUCUAAAGCGGCAGAAGAAGCGGGCAGCAGCAGCGACCCUCACUCCGCCUCCGGUGUCCGCGACAUGGCUCUCAGCUCGGGCGGCUGGGCUCCUCCAGCCCCGGUCCCUGCCUCGUCCCAACAGGCUGCAUGCGGCGGGCCUACGCCGAUGGCUUGCUGCAGUACUGUUUUAAUGUCAGUCCGUGUUUCGGUGUGCCAUUCCGGGAUUCGACCGCUGUGCCUCCCCGGAGCAGGCAGCGAGGCUCUGCGGCUUCAGCUCAGCAUGGACCCGAGCCGGGCCGGAGAGUUCCGACUGGCGCUGCGAGAUACAAGCGGAAACCGCAGUGUGUUCAUUGAAGAGUUUGACCUGCGCUCGGUGCAGUAUGAAGUCAAAUCUUCUCGCUGCCAUGAGAUGCGUCUCGCUGCUCCGCCCCACGACUGCAUCCGCUUCAACUUCCGCUGUGACCGAGAGGCCGAGGAGUGGGCCACUGUGGUCAUGUCGUCACUAAGAGAGGCACAUAGAGUCGCAAAUAUUAACACAUAUGAAUCAGAUGGCAAACAGAACAACACGGCAGCAGCAUCGAUGGAGCAGUGGAGCUCAGCCUCGCUGCCGCUCACCGAGGAGCUAUGCUUGGAGCUCGCCAGGGCGAUUGAAGCGGGUGACACUCAAGCUGCUUCACAGCACGCAUCCGCACUGGCUCGACAGAAAGCAGUGCUGACGAUACAACUAUCAGAAAAAAACUACGCAGACGGAGAAAUUAGUUUAUCUGUGGUAGUGGAGGAUGUUUCUUCAUCCUGUUGCGUUACAGUCAAGGUGUUUCCCUACAUGACUGUGGCUGCACUCAAGCAACAGGUGUUCCUUGAGUAUGGUUUUCAUCCUCGUGUGCAGCGCUGGGUGAUUGGUCAGUGUCUGUGCACCGAGCCCAGGUCAUUAGCGUCCUACGGGGUGCAGAAGGACGGUGAUACGGCGUACCUCUACCUGAUCUCCGCCAGACAAGCCCGCAUCACCCGCCAGCUGUUCCAGCAGGACUUGGAGAGCGCCCUCCUCGCCCCACCUCUACCCCCAGGCAAUGGCCCCACCUCCCAAGACUGGAGGGGCUACAGCACUUUGCCCUCGAGGCUUCCUCACAACAACCAGGGUACAGGUGGAGGGAGUGACAGACCAAGUGACAUUAAAGAUGUUCUCGACAUUGAGAAGCUGCAGCUGAAUGAUCAUACCAACAAAGCCAGUAAAACACAGCAGACAGAGUGGGCUUGUCCCUCAUGCACUUUUAUCAACAAGCCAUCUCGUCCAGGCUGCGAGAUCUGUGCCACAGCCAGACCUGACACACAGAGCUGUAUCCAGCAGGAGAAAGGAAGGAGAGAGGAUCGAGGAGAUUCUGGUUUAAGCAGCAGCUGACUGCCCAUCAUCGCUGUCUGGUUUUCAUUUCCCACUCACUUCCACGCACACAUAAACACACAGAGGGAUAAGGCUAAUCUUGCCACAUACAUGUUGACAAAAUACUCAUAUAAAGACUGUCAAGUGCACUGAGAGUCCUCUGACGGCCGGCUGCUGCAGACUGGGGUGUUUGAGGCACUGUCGCAUGACACAGAGCUGCACUGGUCGAGGCUCAGAUGAUGAACUGCUGACAGAGAGCUUAUGGACCUAACAUGACAUACAUCUGCAUUUGGCCAGACUUCUUUGCUAUUUAUUUUACUGGGUAUGUGUGUGUGUGGCGCAAACAACACAGACGGCCUAAUAUUUAUUUUAGGAGGAGAGUGGAUCAUUUCUUUCCAUUUGUUUGCAGCUGAAGAUGAGGGAAUGUCAUACUCUCAGUGUCUGCCAACUGUGAAGUGCGAGGAAAGGUGAAGCCUUGUGCAAUACCCUGUUCUGUUUGUAAGUGUGGCAUCUGUUGGCGCCAAAGUGAAGUGUGUAAAAGAAAAAAAAAUCGUGGCUGAGACGAGAAGGAAUGUCUCAUUUACAGGGUUGUCAAGUGCUUUUAUUUUUUUAUAACAUUGUAUUGAGUGUAUUAUUUUUACCAAGAUGCAUUGAGUACUUGAUGUACAUUUUAAGCAAGUGAUCUAAUUUUACUCGGUUCCCUCUGAGCUGUGACAGCAAUGGAAUGACCUGUUUUCAGUACAUAAUACUGUUAAAACUUGCAUUAGCUGAAUAAAUAAAAAUGGGAUUAGACAAAUCCUGAA